AUGAAACUCGCCACGUCACUGACAAAUAUGCUUGGAGAGUUCGUCGCCAUUCAAAAGACCCCCGAGUUCAAGCCGUGUUCCGCGUCGAUGCAGGAGUUGAACAGGGCGAUCAAGGAGGAGAAAAAGGACUACACGUUGAAGCAUCCAUCGUCCGUCCGUAUCCGUCCACGUCCACGAUUCAAUUCUGUAGGAUGUAUGCCACAGGAGGUUAGCUCAAGUCCAUGUGGAAGAGUGACAAUGCGACCCACGAGUGGAAAACGAAGAGAUCGACCAUCCAGCCUUGUGGAGCGGAUCAUGCAACGAAUCAGUCCAGCCAGAGAAACCGAGGCGAUCACGGAAGAAGAGGAAACUGGUGAAACUCGAAAGCAAUCCACGCAAUCCGAGAAGCUCUACAUCACAAUCGUCUAA